AUGAUCAGUCUGUGUGCUGUCUAUCUAAUUGCUUCCUUCUUAACGGCGUCUCAUGCCGCCGGCUUUUCCCGGAGAUAUACGGAAAAACUGGAAUUCGAUAAUAAAAAGUCAAGUAAUGAACUUGUAGGACGAUACGAAGCUCGUUCAUUAAGUGAGUGUGCUAUGAUGUGUCAGAAGGACUGUGAUCUAUUUGGAUACAAUUCUAAGCUUAAGAAGUGCCGGACUCACAAGAAGAUCUUCACUUCCGGAAUGUCUAACGAGACCGGAUGGAGAUACUACUUUCCGGAAUUUCUUCCUUUAGAUUGCAAGGAUCUUCGUGAAAAUUCGUACAUCAAUUCAGGUGUAUACGAUAUUUACCCAUACGGAACAAAGUCCCUUCCUGUCGGAGUUUACUGCGAUAUGGAAACGAUGGACGGAGGUUGGACGGUAAUCCAAAAACGACUAGACGGAUCUGUAAGCUUUAACAGGACUUGGACGGACUAUAAAAAUGGUUUUGGUGCCAAGGAAAAGAACGUCUGGAUCGGAAAUGACGUAAUCCAUCAGUUAACAAGGGGGGAAAACUCAUACCUAUAUGUUUCGGUCACUCUCCAGAAUGAUACGAAACUGUAUGAAUUAUAUGACCGAUUCUCUGUGUCCAAUGAAUCAGAAAACUAUCAACUCUUUCUGGCAGGGAAUGCCACGGGAACCUUAGGUGACGCUAUGUUAAGCACAGGGAGCUCUAAUAAUGAUCUGUCUGGGAUGUACUUCACUACCCCAGAUAAAGAUAAUGACCGAGCUUUGGGAGCUAAUUGCGCUGUAACUUGGGGAGGAGGGUGGUGGUUUAACUACUGUCAUCUAGCCUUCCUCAACGGGCCCUGGUACCCAAAGUCUUGGCAGUAUCCCUGA